AUGAGCAACGUUUUGACGAACGAGGAUUCAGUCAAUGAAAUCGUAGAUCAAGGGUUUUACCCAAUGAUCAAGUAUGGGGUAGAGAUGAUGGGAUUAAAACUUCCACGCGAUCCAGAAGAUGAUCAGUUCAGCAUCUCGAAGGAACAUUUUGAAAGUCACGGUCUCCCAGAUCAAAAUGACAAUCCAUCCGCCGAACUAUGCCAAGCAUGCGCGGGGAUGACCAUCAAGGCACUGAAAAGCGAUGAAGGCUAUCUCCACACGGAAGAAAUCGAGGACUUUUUCGAAUCUGCGAAAAUUUGCCCGCUAUGUGCUUUGCUUCAGAAAACGAUGUGUAAUGCUGUGCGCUUCCAUGUACAGCGCAAAGAGGAUAUUGAGGAUCCUAUGGAGGCACUACAUCUCUUUUCAGCAUUCAUGGCGGUAAAGCAUCAUUCUUACAUGUUCAAACCCACUCCAGUGAUUUUGAAACUUGAUCGAGGCGCUGACAAUGAUCUCAAUGGUGACUAUCUUGUCAUGGGAACCAUCAUGGCGAUACCAAUAGAAAACGCCAAAGCCCGUGUAUUAUUUUUUGGCAGAUUACGUCUUCAUGAUAAUAAAAGAAAGAGCGUGGUCCCAAUGCAACCGAGAGGGAGCGAUGAAGAGGUACUGCGCCGUCUGUCAGCAUGGCUAGAUGAAAGAUGGAAAGAAGUCCCAGCUUGGAGCGAUGCAUCAGCUGAGAAGCCACUUCCAACGCGAGUAUUGGAUCUGGGUCAGUCUUGUUUGGAGAGAUUCUCACAGAAAUCCCUGGAACAGGAUCUUCGAUUAGUGGAGUCAAACGACCAACGGGGUCACUACACAACACUAAGUUACUGUUGGGGUGGAUACGCCGAGUUAAGAACCACCAAAAGCAACUACCACGACAGACUCGAAAAAAUCAGGUUUGCAGAUCUCCCAAAGACAUACGCAGAUACUGUUCGGAUCACAAGAUCUUUGGGAGUUCGAUACCUGUGGAUUGAUGCACUCUGUAUUAUCCAAGAGGAUCCCAAAGAUUGGCUCCAUGAAGCCGGGUGUAUGUCAGAUAUUUUCUGGAACACAACUUGUCGCAUUGCUGCCAAUGAAGGGAAAGACCCCACCGAGGGCUUCUUUCCUCCCAAGGAAACACCGGUUUCUAUCAAGGUACCAAACCUGGUCAGUGAGGAGCUGAGUGCUUCCUUGUCAGACAUGGAGACGGAUACAAUCGAGGAGGACGAUAACAAAGGCGAUGAUGAUGAAGCAGACACCUUGGGAUUACCUGGCCUCGGAGAGAUGUCUGAAUCCGAAGAAGAUCCCAACACCGACAUCAAUUUCACAGAGUCCAUCAACCACGAUAUAUCAGAACAUGAGGAUGAAUUCACGCAUGAAUCUUUGGAUGAGAGUUCAUACAGUGAAGAUGACUAUGUCCACUUUGACCGCAGUCAAAGACUCGACGAGGAAGAGAACCACCUAGACAGCUCAGAUGUCAGCCGCCACCGAUUCUUAGACAAACUCAAUGGAGAAUUUGAGCGAAAUCUUGAACUUCAUGGCGACAAGCCCAUCGAGCCCGAAGAAGAGGAUGGUCCCCUUGAGAUGUACCUUACAUUCCCGAAAGCAUAUGCGAUCGAUGUAGACAGAGGGCACCUAAAUACCAGAGGAUGGGUCCUCCAGGAGCGGCUGCUGGCAUCUCGAACCAUCCACUUUACCAAGAAUCAUAUUUACUGCGAAGACCAAGAUGACAUAUGCGGCGAAGAUUGGGUUCGCCGAUACUUCACAUGGCGAAGCAGCAUUGACAAGACAUCCAAUUGUUCCCGAGUCGAGCUUUUCCCAGAGCUCGGCUUUAGCUCAACUGCUACCGCUCUUCGAAGACAUCAGAAACAUGAAAUAUGGUUUCAGCGAAGUUUGUACCGCAGAGCGGAUGGGCAAUAUGUGCCAGAACCAUGGCUCAAAAUAUGCGAGUUGUUUAGUCGAUGUGAGCUGUCAUAUGAUGUGGACCGAUUAGCGGCCAUAGCCGGUCUGGUCAAGAAAAAGCAAGAACUCCGACAAGCAUCUGCUGCUGAGGAUGGAGAGCAAGUGAAUGUCCAAAACUUCUUCGGAAUGUGGGAAGAGGAUCUUCAUAAUGAGCUGUGCUGGGUGGCUGCCGAUGAAAGCAAAGCUCGGUAUUUGCACAACCUGAACCUCCCAUCAUGGGCGUGGAUCGCUUACAAAGGACGCAUUGAAUUCACCCGAGACCGACGCUGGUCUCGCAAUCCCGGUCCUGUCCGCAUGGCUCCCAUCUCCGAGAUGGAGCUUUUCGCAUACGAUGUUCCCGAUAUGCUAACAGAGCUGCCAUUGACCAAAUCAGCAUCAAUCACAAUCCGCGCUCCCAUACGAAAGAUUUACUCCAUCUCGCUCAAGAAAACCAAAUAUGCAACAGAACAAAUCUCGCGAGAGGAGUUAGCAAAAUCUUCACCAUUUCACUUUGAUGAGCGGACUGGAACUAUGCCUAUCCCGAUGGCUAAUCGGAGUGGGUGCCAAGAAAUGUUUGAUGAAGAUGACAGACUUGUGGGUUUUGUCUCUUUUGACGAGGAUAGGCACCUUGUGGGGGGACCUGUUCUGUGCUCAUAUAUCAACAAUUAG